AUGCAAAACUAAUAACAACCCAACAUUAAUAUUUAAGGCUAAUUUCAAUUCAAAAAUAAUACUGAAGUCCCGCCAAAAUUCAACACUAAUAUGCAAAGCUAACAACUAUCCAACAAUAAUAAUGUAAACUAAUUAUAAUUCAACAAUAAUAUGAAAUUCUAAUAACAGCCUAACAGUAAUAACAUUUUAAGCAAAUAAAUUGUUAGCACUCCUCAACAAUUUUCAAACAUAUUCUAAACAAAAAUUUAGCAAAGCUACCCUCUAUCGAAUGAAAGUACAACAAGUACUUAGUUAUCCAUUCCAAACUCUAUUUAGAUAUCAGGGACAGAAGAAGAAGAAAAAAAAAAGAAAAAUUAAGCUGAACUUGAAUCUAUUGUUAGUAGAUGUAAAAUAGUUGAAAACAAAAACACUAGCUUAAAGAUUUGUAUAUAUCCUACAUAUAAAGAAUCAUAAUUUAAAGAUAUUAGUGAAUUUAAAACACUUAUCAUGAUUGGUGAAACUGGAGUUGGCAAAUCAACUACUAUUAAUUUCUUUUGUAACUAUUAUUUGGGGGUUCAAUAUGAUUAUCCAUUUAGAUUUUUAAUUGUAAAUGAAACUGGCGAAGAAUUUUCAAAGUCACAAGCUGUAAGUAAAACAUCAAAAGUGAACACCUAUUUUAUUAAAUCUUUUGAUGGAAAACCUGGUUUAAGAAUAAUAGAUACUCCAGGAUUUGCUGAUACAAGAGGAUAAGAAUACGAUGAAAUAAUUUCAGAAUAAAUAACAGAUUCAUUGAAAAAAAUAGAUUCCAUAACUAUGAUUUGUUUUGUAAUGAGAGCUAAUCAAAACAGAUUAACUGCUCCUUAAAAAUAUGUUAUGAAUCGUCUAUUAAAAUUAUUUGGUAAUGACGUUGUCGAAAACUUCAUAUUUUUGUUUACAUUUGCUGAUUAGGAUGAUGAGCCACAAGCACUUUAAGCUUUAUUGUUUCAAGGAGAUAAACAACAUUCUCCAAGCCCAGUUGCCGAAUUCAUUGCCUAAGUUAGAUGUCCUUAUUGGCUUUAAUUUAACAAUUCGGCAUUUCUAAGUGGAAGAAAAGAUUCUUUAUUGUGGGAUAUAGCCUGUGCUCAAUAUAAAAUAUUUUAUGAAUAGAAAAUUCUUUUGACAUAGUUUGUCAGUUUAAAACUCACUAAAGAAGUAAUAUUUGAAAGAAAAUAACUGUAGAAUCUCAUUAAGAAUUUAAGACCGGAAUUAUAAAAGCAGCUUAAUUUAAUAGGCGAUAUUUAAAAUCAAGUCGAUAAUAUAAAAAAACUUUCCCAAGAAGAGUUAUAAUCUUAAAAUUAUAAAUUUUCUCAGAAAGGAUAUGAGAUUGUAAAAGUAAAUUUNUGAAAUUCUAAUAACAGCCUAACAGUAAUAACAUUUUAAGCAAAUAAAUUGUUAGCACUCCUCAACAAUUUUCAAACAUAUUCUAAACAAAAAUUUAGCAAAGCUACCCUCUAUCGAAUGAAAGUACAACAAGUACUUAGUUAUCCAUUCCAAACUCUAUUUAGAUAUCAGGGACAGAAGAAGAAGAAAAAAAAAAGAAAAAUUAAGCUGAACUUGAAUCUAUUGUUAGUAGAUGUAAAAUAGUUGAAAACAAAAACACUAGCUUAAAGAUUUGUAUAUAUCCUACAUAUAAAGAAUCAUAAUUUAAAGAUAUUAGUGAAUUUAAAACACUUAUCAUGAUUGGUGAAACUGGAGUUGGCAAAUCAACUACUAUUAAUUUCUUUUGUAACUAUUAUUUGGGGGUUCAAUAUGAUUAUCCAUUUAGAUUUUUAAUUGUAAAUGAAACUGGCGAAGAAUUUUCAAAGUCACAAGCUGUAAGUAAAACAUCAAAAGUGAACACCUAUUUUAUUAAAUCUUUUGAUGGAAAACCUGGUUUAAGAAUAAUAGAUACUCCAGGAUUUGCUGAUACAAGAGGAUAAGAAUACGAUGAAAUAAUUUCAGAAUAAAUAACAGAUUCAUUGAAAAAAAUAGAUUCCAUAACUAUGAUUUGUUUUGUAAUGAGAGCUAAUCAAAACAGAUUAACUGCUCCUUAAAAAUAUGUUAUGAAUCGUCUAUUAAAAUUAUUUGGUAAUGACGUUGUCGAAAACUUCAUAUUUUUGUUUACAUUUGCUGAUUAGGAUGAUGAGCCACAAGCACUUUAAGCUUUAUUGUUUCAAGGAGAUAAACAACAUUCUCCAAGCCCAGUUGCCGAAUUCAUUGCCUAAGUUAGAUGUCCUUAUUGGCUUUAAUUUAACAAUUCGGCAUUUCUAAGUGGAAGAAAAGAUUCUUUAUUGUGGGAUAUAGCCUGUGCUCAAUAUAAAAUAUUUUAUGAAUAGAAAAUUCUUUUGACAUAGUUUGUCAGUUUAAAACUCACUAAAGAAGUAAUAUUUGAAAGAAAAUAACUGUAGAAUCUCAUUAAGAAUUUAAGACCGGAAUUAUAAAAGCAGCUUAAUUUAAUAGGCGAUAUUUAAAAUCAAGUCGAUAAUAUAAAAAAACUUUCCCAAGAAGAGUUAUAAUCUUAAAAUUAUAAAUUUUCUCAGAAAGGAUAUGAGAUUGUAAAAGUAAAUUUAAAUCAAAAUGAAUAUGUAACGAAUUGUAUAAAAUGUAAUCACACUUGUCAUUAUCCAUGUUGUUAUCGUAAUUCUGAGGAUAAAAAAAAAUGUUGUGCAAUGAGUAAUGGAUAAUGUACAGUUUGUAAAGGUAAAUGUAAUUGGCAGGAUCAUGAGAAUAUGACUUUUAGAUUUGAGGUUAAGGAGAAGAUAACAGAAGUUGUCAUGGAAGACUUAAAAAAGAGACAUUAAAAGUCAUCUUCGCUAAAACUCGAUAAAGAAGAUAUACUAAAAGGGCUAAAGUUAGAUUUAUAAAAAAACUAAAUAAUAUGUUAGGAUCAGAUUAAAGCCUUAUUAAAAUCAGUUAAUAAAUUAAAUGAAAUCGCACUCCAACCUGCUAUCUCAGAUUGUGAAUCUGAGUAUAUAGAUUGCUUGAUAAACGAAGAACAAUAAAAUUGCUAAGCGGGGUAUAAGGAGAGGAUUAAAAAUUUAUAAAAUAUUAAAGCAGAAUGGGACUUGUUAAAAAAAUAGGUAGCAAAAUGA